AUGUUUUCUAUUUGUGCCAGAACGAUUAGUCGAAUUUGGCAUCAGCUUGUGGAAAAUCUUUCAAAUGGGUUAGCAAUUGAUGUUUCCAGCAAAAAGCGGAACAGAGUUGGUCGCAAACGGUUGCAAGUUGAUCUCAAUAAGGUAUCAGAAAUUCCUCUCCGACAACGUACAAACAUUCGAUCUUUAUCUUUUGUUAUGCAAGUUGCUAAAUCUAUAUUACAUAGAAGAAUUAAAGAUGGCUUAAUUAGACCACAUUCAAAUGCCUUGAAGCCAUCUUUAACUGAAAAGAAGAAGAAAGCAAGGUUGUUGUUUUGUUUGUCAAUGCUUGAGCAGUGUAGUCUUCAUGACAGGCCAACUUUCUGCAAUAUGCUUAAUUAUGUUCACAUUGAUGAAAAAUGGUUUUAUAUGUCUAAAGAGCCCGAGAAAUAUUAUCUCCUUCCUGAAGAAAAUGAACCCGUACGUACCUGCAAAAGUAAAAGGUUCAUUACAAAGGUUAUGUUUCUCACCGCAGUUGCUAAGCCACGAUUUGAUACUUCUGGCCAUGAAGUUUUCUCUAGAAAGAUUGGAAUUUUUCCAUUUAUCUGCAAAGUUCCUGCCAAACGAAGUAGCAAAAAUCGCAUGGUUGGUACAUUAGAGACAAAACCGAUGUCAUCGAUAACUAAAGAUAUAAUUCGAUCAUAUUUAAUUGAGAAAGUUCUACCAGCGAUUCGAGCUAAAUGGCCUUGUGGGGGUAUGAUGGAAACCAUUUAUAUUCAACAAGAUAAUGCAAAACCACACAUUGAUCCGUUGGAUGCAGAAUUCCUAGAAGGUGCGACUAAAGAUGGGUUUGAUAUAUGGUUAACUUUCCAACCUCCUAAUAGUCUAGAUUUGAAUGUUCUUGGUCUUGGAUACAUUAGAGCAAUCCAAUCGCUUCAAUACCAACAAGCUCCCACUACCAUUGAUGAGUUGGUGGAUGCAAUAGAAAAAUCUUUCAAUGAAUUAUUGACAGAAACUCUUGAUAAUAGAAGAUCGGCGGCGGCGGCGGCGGCGGCGGCGGCGGCUAGAGCAGCGGCGGUGAUGGCAGAGAUCGGCUUCGGCUAG